AUCGUAAUAAUGAUAAAUCAAUAAAUCAAUCAAUCAAUCAUUUGCCAUGAGAUUUUCAAUCAUUUCAUUAUGGCCAAGAACGGCAAUCAAUCGAUUAAUUUGUCUGUGUACGGUAGCCAAUCUUAUUAAUUCGGCUGAUCGUGUUAUUAUGCCAAUUGCUAUCAUACCGAUGGCCAAUCAAUUUGGUUGGUCAAUACAUUGGCAAGGAUGGAUAUUAAGUUCAUUUGCUAUUGGUUAUAUUACUAGUCAAAUGAUUGUGAGUAAUGUAGCAUCACGUUAUGGUUCUGGUAAUGUUCUUACCAUUUCCAUAUUUUUCUGGUCAUUAUCAACAUUGAUCACACCAAUGAUUGCAUCAAAUAUUUACCUAUUCAUUGUGUUCCGUAUAUUGUUAGGUUUAGGUGAAGGAUUAGGUUUGCCAAUGAUUUAUCAAUUAUUUGCAGCAAACGUUCCAAUUUCACAACGAUCACGUGCAUUUGGUUAUCUUAUAUCGGCUGGUACCGUAGGACAAACCAUUUCGGCUUUAGUUACAUCACAUAUUUAUUGGCCAAUAAUGUUCUAUACAAUGGGUACAUUAGGAAUGUUUUGGCUAAUAUUUUGGCUUCGAUUUUUUCAUCGUACUAAUCAUCUUGUCGAUGAUCAUCUAAUAUCAUCAUCAUCAUCAUGUGUUAAUAGUGGUGAUUUAGAAGCACCUUUAAUGAAUGAAGAUGUUUCGAAAAAUAAUACAACCCGUAAUAAUCGUUUUCAUGUACAUUGGUCUGAAUGGAUAACACGUUGGUCAUUAUGGGCCAUUUAUCUAGCUCAUUUUGCUAUGAAUUGGUCAAGCUAUAUUAUUAUGCAAUGGUUACCAUAUUAUUUAUCAAGAUAUUUAUCAGCUGAUCAAAAAUCAUUAUCAUUAACAGCAUUGCCUUAUAUUAUGAAUUCUAUGGCCGGUAUAGGAGCUGGACAUAUGGCCGAUAAUUUAAUUACCGAACGAAAAUGGUCAAUAUUAUCGGUACGACGUUUGAUGACCGGUCUGGGUUUAUUCGGUGCCGGUAUUUGUAUGCUAUUAUUUUGUUCAUUAAAAUCAUUAUGGUUAGCUAUUGUUAUUAUUUGUAUGGCAAUGUCAUUUUGUGCAUUAAAUGCAGCCGGUCAUUUAAGUAAUCAUACGGAUGUUGCACCAAAUCAUGCUGGUGUAACAUUUGCCAUAUCGAAUACUAUAGCAACCAUACCGGGUCUGUUAUGUGGUCCAUUAACAGCUGAAUUGGUUACACAAUCACAUGGUCGUUGGUUACCUGUAUUCGUUUUAGCAUCAGCUAUUAAUUUUGUUGGUGCCAUUAUCUAUGUAAGUCAAAGUUCAGCAUCACCAUUAUUUUGACAACAAAAAUGUUUUUUGUAAAUAAUAAUUAAUGAUUAUAUACACUGUACAUAAUA